GGAUUCUGCUUGUCAUCGUGCUCUAGAAAUCACGUUGCAGCCGAGUUGUUUUGAAUCUUUGGUUUAUUCCUCUGAUUGUUACAAAAUUAUUCAGUUAUAGUAUUUAUAUAGGUGGUGGUAUAUAUUUGUGUUUACGUGAAGGCGUCUGCUCGCUCCAAGAGAUUCCUCGCCAAGAAAAAAGUUAAUGGAUGGCGUAACUUUUGCGAGUCUCUUGCUCCCCGGUCUCCUGCUUCUUUGGUGUGGAAACGUAUUAAAUCAUUCAGAAGGUGCGAUGAAGUCGUCCCCUACAAAUGCGCUCCAAGUGGAAUGUGUGGAACCUCCACUCCAAUUACGUAGACAGUAUCUCUCGGAUAGUCACAGCGGUAUUCGUGGCAACGAGAACGCCGACCUAUGUGCUAAAGAAGCUGUCCGCUUGGGUACUGAGAUCUACAACAAGACUUUCUCCAGAGAUAUCCGGGCUCUCGCUAAUUCACAUCUAUUCAAAACUUGGGAUGAGCUUUGGCAAACAUCUAAGCAAGCAAAAGGGAACUUCUGGACUACAUCAUUGGACUUCCCACCGAACAGUCUUCAGUAUAAUUUAAAUUAACCUACCGACUAUUUUUUUUAUGAUUUUUUUUUCUUCGGUACCUUGACGUUGGCAGAAUCAUCGUU